CCACGUGAUCUCAUCAGUUUGCUGAGCUCGAGCUCAGAUUGCAAGCUCCACACAAACGACAGCCCGUCGUCGUUACGGUCGCUCAGACUAUUUCUGUGCAUGUUGCAUACACGUGAGAGCCAUCAUAAUUCGCGGAGUGGAAAUUGCUUCCACGCUUACAUCCUAAUUCCUGAAUCAGGGUGGUUUUGUACCCUGUAUUUGAUCUUCCUCUUCCUUAUCGGUGUAAGGGGAAACUAUCUUGAGGUUGGAUCAGCAACAAAUGCAAGGGGGAAAUUACACUGCAGAAUGCCAAGCCUGCCUGCAAUCAAACCAGACAGGCUGCGAACAGCUAAAGCAGUGGUGGAGAAAGCCCUGAAGUUGAGGAAGGUAUUUUCAGUGCGCGGGUCCUAUCCUGUGAUCCGUGCUGCCUUACUGGCCAGAGGGUGGGUGGAACGGCGUCUGCCCAGUCCAGUCCACAGAGCACCUCAUUGCCACGGUGACGAGGAGGAGGAUGAUAGUUAUGGAAAUGCCAAUCCUGUUCUUGCUGAGAAAGUUGCUGAAGGGGAGAAAGAUGAGAACCUUGAUUACAUGUAUGACCUCAUGUCUCGUCUGGUUCGAAAUGAAACAACAUAUUUCUACUGGACGACUCGACGGGACUGCAUAGACUGUCACUUCUUACAGAAUGACCAGAUGAUCAAUCACUUUGCAAAUUCUGGAUCAUUUACUACAAAGGUGGGGCUGUGCAUGAAUCUGCGCAACCUUCAGUGGUUUGAUGCUGCAGAUCCUGAUUCCUUCUUUCCCAGAUGCUAUAGACUUGGGGCAGAGGAUGAUAGACAGGCAUUCAUAGAGGACUUCAGGAGGACUGCUUGCACCAGUCUACUCCAGCAUGUGGUUGAGACAAAAAGAGAAGAAGUAAAGUACGAGGAAAAAACAACAAGCAACUAUGAACCAGGAGAGUCAAAUGAUAUGGAACAUCGAUUUGUGGGCCCAGAGAUGAUUGACACAGCUUUACGUGUGUGUCAAGAGUUUCUCAGUGUUUUAAAGCAUAGUGACAUUGAUGUAACUGCAGAGACGGCCCCCUUUGUGGAGGAACAACAGUGGACCACGUUUCUGCGGGAUUACUACAUGGUUGUGCACAAAGGCGUGGUGAUCAGGGACAGUGGUGUGUUUGUUGAGCGCUGUCAGGCCAUGAUAGACAAACUACAGGAAGUUUGCCCUCAGCUGGACACUGAUGGACUGAAUAAUAUCUGGAUUAUCAAACCAGGAGCCAUGUCAAGAGGAAGAGGAAUAAUGUGCAUGAAUCGCCUGGAUGAGAUCUUGGCACUUGUAGAUGCUAACAGAUCCCCGAUGAAGGAGAGCAAGUGGGUAGUUCAGAAAUACCUGGAGCGCCCCCUGUUGAUCUAUGACACCAAGUUUGACCUACGCCAGUGGUUCCUCAUUACCGACUGGAACCCUCUGACUGUCUGGUUCUACAAGGAGUGUUACAUCCGUUUUUCCACUCAGCCCUACUCAACAAAAAUACUAGACAGCUCCGUUCACCUGUGCAACAAUUCCAUCCAGAGGCACUUCCAGCCAUCUUGUGACCGCCAUCCGGGAGUGCCCGCGGACAACAUGUGGUCCUGCUCUCAGUUUCGUUCAUUUCUGCAAGGACAGGGUCGCGAGAAAGAGUGGGAGUCAGUGGUGGUCCCAGGCAUGCAGCAAGCAGUGGUCAAUGCUCUGCAGACAGCCCAAGACUUUGUCGAGCCCCGAAAGGCAAGCUUUGGGCUUUACGGAGCCGAUUUUAUGUUGGGCAGAGAUCUAAGGCCUUGGCUUCUGGAGAUCAAUGCCAGCCCCACUAUGGCCUGCUCCACUCCUGUGACUGCACGGCUUUGUCGCGCUGUGCAGAUAGACACGCUGAGGGUUGUCCUGGACCGACGGACUAAUCCUAAUGCUUACACGGGAGGCUUCCAGCUAAUCUACAAACAGGCUGCAGUAGAAGUUCCUCACUGUUUGGGCGUAAAUCUGAUGGUGGAGGGAGCCGCCCUUCGUCAACCAAGGCCUCUGCCUCAUAGACAGACCGUCACUCCAAACACACCUCCCACCGUCCACCUCCCAUCAGUCCAGUCAGCUCCAGUGGAGGUUGGGCCAGGAGAUGGACCGUCAGGCCAAAAGCCACACACAACGAUGGCUUUCUGUCCCUCAGAAAAGGAGAACAAAGAGAGAAAGGCCGUGCAGACAUAUAAUUCUCGAAAAAGAGAAUGCGAGAGGAGAGCAGAAGUUCAGAACGCUCCCUGUGUGCGCAGGUCUUGUCACGAGGCGUUAGUGGUACACACCAAACCUCAGAAGAAAGCACAAAGUUUGGGUCUGAGUCUUUCUGUUAAUGGAGCGAGCCUUGUGCCAAGAAGUCUUUCCUUCUCCCUCAGCCCACCUCUGGGCAUGUCAGGGUCCAGUACAACUCAUGGAUCACAUAUUUCCCAAUCAUUCACUCCUAAAAUGACUUUUGAGCCCCAUCAUAGGAUUUCUGCUCAGGUCUGUCCCUUACCAAGUCUGGAGGUUCGUCAUUUGCAGCCAAAUAAAGGGACCAAAACUCUUAUCCAUCGUGACUCUGCCUUUUCAUCCUAUCCAAGUAUCUACAGGCAUCAGGCGUUCUUUCAUUCACAAAGAGAAAAAGCACUGACAGAUGCAAAGGAGAGCCCAAGGCAGGACCAGUAUGUACGAUACGUCUGCCUGCCUGAGCUUAGAACAUUCAACCGGAGCUUUGCCCUCCUCCAGCUGUGGGUGGCUGCUGCUCUCGAGCUCAUCCUCGGAGGACUCGACGCGGGGGCGUUUGUGCCGGGGCUCGUCUUCCUCCUGCUUGAUGCCGGAGCCCUGCCUGUCGCCCAGCGGCCGCUUCUGCUGGCUCUGGGCCCCGUACCACUGUCCGUGUCUGUGUCGCUGCCGCUCUGCUCGGCGCUGGGAGGAGCGUACGCCCGCUGGAUGACCGGCACGCAGUUCCUCCCGUAG